GCCUCGCAAAGACACCUCCUCCUUCAUCGAUAUCAGACUCCAAUAUCUUGAAGAAGAAGAAAUCUGUGGGGAGUCCAGACAGACACCUGAACGCAACGCGCCACUUCAUUUUCUGGUCUUACUUUGGAUGAGUUUGAUUUCUUUGUAGAAGUUUGCUCUCUUUUCUUUAACUUUCGUGGCUUUGCUUCGUCCCUGGGUGGCACUUCUUGUUCCGCUACUGAUCUUAAUGAGUGGCUAAUUUAUUCCUUUGAAGUAUGCCUUGGGACGACAUAUUUGAGCCAGCAUUUCACAAAUCCUGGUCAGAAGCAAUUAAGAAGGAGAAAAAUAUUAGACUGAAAUGGUAUCUUGAAUAUACCCAGAAGCAGAACGGUAGAAGUGAUUUCGAAGGAGUUGAAGGUGAAUUGAAAACUGAACCUGAGUGCACAUGCAAACGAAAGGACGAAGUUGAAACGCUAGAAAUGAAAAUGGACUGGCCUAAACGUGGAUGCACAGGAACAAACACAUUAACCAGAGUUAUCAAUCCAAUAACCGAGAUGAAAUCUCCUCCUCCUGAAGUGAAAACUGUUUUAUAUGAAGGAAUUAGUCAUGAUGGUAAAGGAAGAGCGGGUUACCUGAAACGACGUUGGAAACAAGAUCCAGAAAAUAGGUUCUACAAUCGAGUGUGCACGUCUUGGGAUUACGGCUGGAAUUACAGCAAGGAAAAUGAAUUCAGUUGCAAUUCUUCUAAAAUAUGUGGAAUAAGAGAGCGAGCGUUUUACCGACCUUAAACUAUAUGUUUCAUGCACUAAAUUGGUUUAAUAAUCCGCACUAUAAUUAUCGUGACCUUAAGAAAAAGUAUUUUUCCGAUCUAUGUGCAGACGGAAUAGAAUCAGCUUCAGAUUUUGUAUUAUUUCAAAUUUCUUCGCAGUAACAUGAUCAGUCAAUAGUUCAUUAAUAAUUAAUAUAACUGCAGCCAGUGAUGCAUAAUUAUAUCUUAUUUUUAUUAAUUCACUUUUGCUUUGCUAAAAAGAGCAAAAAAAAGUUAUGUAAUUUAAAUAGAAUGUAGCCACACCGUUUCAUUUACCUCUUAAAUGUAAAUCACUAGACAAUUAGCUUAAGUUGCAGUAAAAGUUUUUCCGAGAAAGAGUUCUAUAAAAAUUAGUCUUGUUUAUGCAAAAAGUUGUAAACGAAAUCUCCCAGCCGUUAUCUGGAUGUGCUAUGUAUAAUACCAUUUUAACGUUGCUUUAAUUCCUUGCAUUGCCUAUAUUGUAAAAGCAAGUGGACAAAGAAGGCACCAUG